AUGGGCCCCAGCAACCAAACGAUGCGUAUAUUCCUAUACUUCAGCAUAGGCUAUAUCCUUCUUACGCUAUACGUUCGCACCCGCACCGUCCGCGACCCAGGCUCCCUCUUCUUCGACCCCUGGACCGCCUACGACCCCUCCUACUCCGCCUACCGGCUGGGCCAAGGCGAAGCGUACAUCGACUCGAUCUCGAAUUCCUCCGUGCACCCGGUGCCCAAGGCAGGCCCGAACCCGGAGAUCUGUCUGGGGAUCGCGACGGUGGCGCGCAAGGGCAUUCGGUACUUCCACGACGCAGUCGGGACGGUGCUGGAGGGGCUGAGUGCGGAGGAGCGGGCGAAUAUCUAUCUCAUUUUGUUUAUCGCGCAUACGGAGCCGGCGAGGCACCCCGCGUACCAGGAGAAAUGGCUCUACGAGGUCCCCGACAAGGUGUUGCUGUACCAGCCGGAUAAGAUUGAUAUGCAGCGGAUCCAGGCGCUGGAGAAGGAUACGGAGAACUAUUUGAUGCGGGCCUGUAACGAUGUUGGGACGAAGUAUUUGUUGCUGAUGGAGGACGAUGUGGUUGCGCAGGAUGGAUGGUACCACCGGACGCGGGAGGCGCUUGCGAUUGCGGAGAAGAAGACGGAGAAGCUGGGGGCGUCGAAGUGGCUCUAUCUGCGGUUGUUUUAUUCAGAGGAAUUCUUUGGCUGGAAUUCAGAGGAAUGGCCGACUUACCUCUGGUAUUCGAUACUGGCGAUCGUCGUCGUCGCGUUGGUGUCUCUUGGGUCCCGACAGUAUAUCCCCAGCGUGAAGCCGCAUAUGCCGAACAGCACUGUUCUCCUGCUGUGUUUCGUCUGCACGCCACUGCUUAUAAUCCUCUUUUUCGCCGCGGGCCGGACAACCAUGUUGCCGCUGCCGAAGGGGGUGCAUCUUAUGCAGAACUUCGGCUGCUGCUCGCAGGCCUUUGUGUUCCCACGCGAACGAGUGCCGGAGCUGCUGGAACUGUACAAGUCGAAGGAGGAAGGAUAUGUGGAUUCCAUCACCGAGGCCUAUGCGAACGAGCAUGACGAGCUUCGGUGGGCGCUGAUUCCGAGUGUGAUGCAGCAUGUGGGGCGGCAGAGCACGAAGUCGACCAGCGACACUGUGGGUCCGCCGCGGUAUAAGACGAAAGCCGAGAUGAAGGGACCGGAGCGGCUGUGGAACUUUGCUUUCGAGACGAUUGACCCGGCAGCGAUGAGUGCUGAGCACGAGUAUGCGAAGGAGGACUUUGCAGAAUACGUUGACAUCUCCAUUUGA